AUUGGCUGGGCUGCGGCCGGGCGGGUGAUUCAGUGUGAUGGCGGAGAGAGGCUCCGGAGAGGGGGGUCGGUGCUGAACAAACUCCGGGAGCGGAGCGCCGGGCUGUAGCGGCGAUCAGACGGCCUCUCUUAGGAUGGAGGCGGACAUUAUGCGGAGGCUUCGGGAACAACUGAAGCAGCAUAAGUUUGAUCUCCAGAACAGACUGAGUGCAGGUGAAAUAUCUGUCGACGAAGUUGAAUAUAUCACUGAGGAGAAUCUGCAGGAGGCCGUUAGACAACUGGUUCUGGGAAUUGAAAAUGUCAAAGUUUCAUAUUACAAUAAGUCGCUGUUAUUGCAAAGAAUGCAGGUAUUCUACAGCAUUCAGCACAAGUUACUGGAGAAAAAUGCAGAUUCUGAGGCAAUAACAAAAAUCAUGAAUCACAGUUUGGCUAUUGCGUCUCUGAUACUU